AUGGCUUGGAAGGACAAUUACCUUCGAGUCCUUCUAGAAUGGGAGGCUCCAUCUUCGAACAAGUCUUGUUCGUUAUGCAACACAGAUUCGGUGGUGUACCGGUGCCACAAUUGCCUCAGUGAUCCCAUGUUUUGCAUCAAAUGCUGUCAAGAUGAGCAUAGACGAUUGCCAUUUCACAAAAUAAGCAAAUGGAACGGGAGCUUUUUUGAAGUGACAUUAUUGACAAAGAUCGAUAUGGAAUUUCAUCUGGGGCAUAGUGGGCUUCCAUGUCCGUGUCUCAAGGAUAUCCAUGAAUGGGAGGACUUAGAUGAGCCCACUUGCGAACUGUCCUCUGACUACUCAGCAAUACCGGAACUGCCAUUUCUAUAUGCAAAAGAAUGCACAACAGUUGUUAACAAAUCCGGAGUCCAUUCACUCCUCAUCAGGUAUUGUAAAUGCCCAAAUGCCGCUACCCCAGACAGGCAGCUGUUUGCAAUGGGCAUGUUUCCGGCAUGUUUCAGUUGGCCCAAAUCAGCAUUCAGGUUUUCAGUACUGGAUAGUUUUCUCCUCGACAACCUGGAAUGUGGGACUUCUGCUAUGAAUUUCUACUCUAAAUUAAGGAGAAUGACAUCUAGCACAUUUCUGCAUCUAGUCCCUGACCAGUAUAGGGAAUUAAUGCAGGUUGGAAGGCAAUGGCAUCAACUGAAACUUCUAAAAUUGAACAGCUUUGCUCACGAGAGAAGACUUCCGGAUCCAGGUGAACUUGCCCUGUUUUGCCCCACCUGUCCACAACCUGGUAUCAAUGCACCACAGCCAUCCGAAAGAGACAGCAACCAUCCAGAAUGUAUAUACACCAGAUCACUAGUAAUGGAUGGUAAUUUUAAAGCAGAACAUCUCCAUCCUACUUGUCUGGAAGAUGAAGUAUGGUUGACUGAUGGAAGGUGUUUCAUGGUGACCAGAGAACAAUACAAGAUGCAUCUUGCUGGUGCCAAAGAAAAUGUGCACAUGUCGGAAUGUAACAACCAUCAGGCUGUAAAUCAAGCAAAUGCUUCCCAACACAAACUGGAAGCUACAGGAAUAGGCGGUUGUGCAUGUGCUCGACAUGGCUGUUUCGUCCCCCAUUCUAUUGUUUAUUUUCAGAAAGGCGAAAGACACAUGAACAUGGACUAUGCUCUAUGUCACGCUUUGAGCCAUAAUACCAAUGGACUCAGUCGAGCUUUGACAUUUUAUGACAUUAAUUACCAAUAUAACAAAUAUUUGCAGUGCAGGGUAAAUGACAGUUCACACUUGAACAUUCUGGGCAGUAUGGAGAUUGUUCUGGGAAUAGGACUUUGGCAUGUCCAUGGUCAUCAGGACAAAUGCUAUGUCCGGUAUGCAUCCACCUUCAUCACAGGGGCAGCCAGGAUCAACGGGGAGAUCAUGAAGACAUUGUGGGCGCCCCUGAAUAUCAUAUCUCCCUCUGCGAGAGGGAUGUCCAUUCCCCAUCGACAGGAAUGUCAUGAUUACCAAAUGAAUGGCUCAAAUUUUAUGAAAAUGAUCAGAAUGAGUUGA